CUCGAAGACAUCGAUCAAGUGCGUUCACUUGUGUUAAAACAUCCCACCCCCUUCACUCAAAUCAAAACCUUCACCAGCUGACGAGCAGUAUCAAAACUUGAGCGACUGAAACCUUCGGUAGUCUGUCCCAUUCACGCUCCAAUUUUUGGUAUCGAAAUUCCUACGUUCCCCCGGUCCCGCCACAAGACUAGCGAACCUACAUAAUUGCUACAUCAACCACUCGACGUUCUUGAGCAAUUGACAUCGUCACCCCCCGGUCUCAAUCUCAACACCACAUCGCGAAUUCACGAUAUCGGGCGACGACGACGACAAUAGUUUAUACACCACCGAUAGCCAACAACGAGCUCUACGUCAAAUCGUUAGCCAAUCGCCAAAAUGAACGCCCCUGAUAGGUUCGAGCUCUUCCUUCUCCAGGAUGGAGAGAAGAAGAUUGAGGAGAAGGUUUUCACUGGCAUGUCGAACACCUCCGACUUCAAGAUUCUCAAGGAGGACCACACCCUCGGUAACCUCCUCGCCGAACAUCUGAAGCAGGCCCCUCAUGUCUUGAUGGCAGGAUACAAGAUUGCCCACCCUAACGUGCCGGAACUCUUCAUCCGUAUCCAGACAGACGGAAGCAUCACCCCGCGCGAGGCCCUCGUCGGCGCGUGCAAGCAGCUCGUGGCCAUGUACGGCCAGCUGGGCCGCGAGUUCCAGAAGGAGCUUGCCCUGCGCCAGUAUGCUGAUCAGGGCGAGCAGGGAGGCGGCGUGAACGGUGGUGCUAAUGGCGGUCAUUACUGAUCGAUCCCGCCUUAACGGGGUUGUUCGCGGUGUUUACUUCCAACACGCCUUUACUUUACUUGACUGCCGGGGGAAGUUUACGAGGUAGUCGGAUGCUGAAUUGGGGGGUGGGAAAAGAGAUGCGGUGGCAUGGACGGUGAAAACAUGAUUAGCUCAUUAUCUUUGCUGUUUGUUGAUCGGAUCGGUCGUCAUUCAAAAACGGCGUUUAGGGAUUUUCUUUGAGGAUGCUUUUCAGUCAGUCUCUUUGCAGGCGUUAUGAUCAAGACAUGCAUGGGAUAUGGAAAAUAAGGGGCUUUGACAGAUCUCUCCGUUUACUCGCUCAAUGCUAGGGAAGAAUGGGAACCAUAGAUUUGUUCAAAGUGUCUUGUGGUGAGAGUAUGCGAGAAGUGGAUGUUGAGUUUUCAAAGU